GCUUCAGUGUGAAUGUGGGUCUGUGUUUUUGUGUCAAUGUGGGGGCAACACUGCUUGUGAAUUUAUUUAUGAGAAACCUUCUGAACUAAAUUAUAUUUGCACUAAAUAAUAUUUAAGGAAAACAGCACACUGUCGCCAUGGUCGCCACAAGCACGUUAAAGACCAAAAGCAGCGACUGUAUCUCAGAAUUGGUGGAGAGAAGAUAUGACCAGGCUUGCAUUGAUAAAGAACUGGACUUCUGGGAUCACUGCCUGGCUGAACCCCAGAGGACUGGAGAAGUCACUGAAGACAGAACCUGUCAACAGCUGGCCAAAAUGUUUGAAAACUGCCUGUCCCGAGCCAAGAAGACAACCCUGCACUGCUCCUCUGUGCUGGUACCAGAGAAGCUGACGCAGAGGAUAGCUGGAGAGGUGCUGCGGCUGGCGGCCUGCGAGCCCUGCGGCCUGCGGGGUUGCGUCCUCUACGUCCACCUGGACAUGGAGAAGGGCUGCAAGCGGCUGGAGCGAAUUGUGUACGAUGCCACCGUGGUGCCCACCUUUGAGCUGACUCUUGUGUUCAAGCAGGACGGCACUGCCUGGCCCAGCCUGCGGGACUUCCUGUUCAUGGGAACCUGCUUUGCCCCGACUUUCAGACAUGUACUCAAACUGAGUUCAGGCUUUCGGCUCGUCAAGAAAAAACUGUACUCCUCCUCGGCUGGCACUAUUGUAGAGGAGUGCUGAACUAUAUAUAUAUUGGGUUUCCUGUGGGUAAAGGCACUUCUGCCCAAAUGUAAAUGAUACUCCAUUGGUGUCAUAUUUUCUAGUGUUUUUGUACAAUACACUAUAGUUGAUACACUUUAGAGCAAGACACUAGCCACUUUGUUGAAGGUCUGUUUCCAGAUACACUGAGUAUGUUCAGCAGCUGUAAACGCACCUGGGCACGAUGAAUAGGAGACCGAAGUUAAGUCUUUGGGGGCCAUACUGUAUGUAGGUUGUUGUGUAAUGCUGUAUUUAUGGCUGCGAAUGUUUUUUAGGGCUGAUCGUCUUGUGAAGAUGCUGCUGUCGUGGUGUGGGCUUCUCACACUACGGUUAUGUGGAUGCCUUAAAUGUCAGAGAAAUGCACUUUUUUUUUCACUUGGAGAUGUGUGUUUAGUGUAAACGUUUUUAGUGCAUUUUUAUUUUUAUACCCCGUUCUGAAACAUUUCCUUUCAAUGCACCGCCUUUAUAGAUUAUUAAAAGGAUUGUUCAUGUGUUGAUUCUUUAACCUGUGCGAAGCAGGUCCCCUCCUCCAACACACACACACAAACGCGCACAUGACCAAUGAGGGCACGCGAUAAGUUUGUGCACAGAAGACCGUGCCGGCUAAAAAUGAUUGAAUGGCCUGUCAGCCUUCCAUCUGUGCACAAACUUAUCUCGUGCCCUUAUUGGUCGUGUGUGUUGGAGGAGGGGCUCUUUAAGGAAGUGGCUGAUUUUUUUUCAGGCUGUGUAUUUUCAAAUUGUAGCGCACUCGACCUGGCUUCUCCAAAAUUACCUACCCCACCUUAAGGUCCAUUUUGUAAUUUGAGAUAUUUGAUGAAUUCCCUAGUGUUUUUUUAAAAUGCUAAUUGAACCUUCUGUUGAAGGAAACUGUUAGACAUCAAACAUGUAAACUUUAUUUUCAUAUACUUUAUGCAAUUUGUAUUGACGUUACUCUGCAUGUUCUGGAGUUUGGUAGGUAACAGUGGUGCAAUACAGGCUUUCUAAAUUGAGACAAUGUUGUCCUGCUAUGACAAAAUAAAUAUCAGCUUCACAGGGAAAACUAGCAAACUUUUUCAGAUCCUUUUUUAUCCAUUAAAGUGUCUGCAAACAUUU